UGAUUUUGUUUUAGUUAAGCACCAUUUCUUCUUUCAAUUUACAGAAUAAAGAUGGUUUGUCGAUUAUUUUUGGUGUUUUUGAUGUGUUUUCUAUCAGUUCGAGCUGAUGAAUAUGAACAUAUACCAGUUGCGGCUCCAGCUCCUGCCCCAGAUUGUAAAAGUUUAUUAGACGUAGUCGCAGUCGUUGACGGUUCGGAUAGUAUUGCAGCUGAUGAUUUCAUCCUGUUGAAAUCAGCUCUAGAGUCUUUGGUUAUUGAUUUGAAUGUUAAACCAGAAAAUACACGUUUCGGUGUCGUUUUAUUCAGUUCAGAUGUAACUGCCAGAAUCGACCUCAGUGGAAAUGCUGCCGGUCUCAUCUCCGGAAUCCAGAGUUUCGUACAUCCUCGUGAUGGUACCAAUACGGCUCUUGCUAUUGCUGAAAUGAAUGCCAUGGUUUCUGCCUCACGAAGACCGGGAGUUCCAGUUGUUGGUGUUGUCAUUACUGAUGGUAUUUCUAAGGAUCCAGUUGCCACCGCCCACCAAGCUGCCUUAUCCAGAGGUUUAGGAAUCAAUAUGGUCGCCAUUGGUGUUGGAGCUAAGGUUGACACCCUUGAACUCCAAUCCAUUGCGUCAAGUGGCCAAGUCCUCACCACUGCCAACUUUAACCAGAUUGGGUCCCUUUUGAGUAACCUUGUACAAGUUGUAUGUCCAACUACCACCACAACCACCACUACAACUACAACCACACCAGCACCCACUACAACCAUUCCCACAACCACACCAACAACCACCACCACCACUACUGUAAAACCCGACCCUUGUUCAGGAUGCAAGAUGUCCAAUGGUAUCGGCUAUAACCCACAUCCCAUCGAUUGCCAGAAAUACAUCCAGUGUGAGUUCGGAUUAGAGGGCGUCAUUAACUCUGUAGUAAGAGAAUGCGGUCAGGGACUAUUCUGGGACCAGGAUCUUUUGACCUGUAACUACCCUGCUGCUGUCCAGUGUGCUGCUGAUCCUUGCAAAAAUAUGUUCACCCAAACCUACAAACAUGGUGGAAAUUGUCGAGAAUUUUACGGUUGCGUCAACGGUUCAUCUGUUGGACAGUGCUGUGCUAAAGGUUUUGCUUACAGUUAUGGACAGUGUGUUUAUAGCUACGGAUGUGAUGCUUACUGUUCAGGAGAUGUCGUCAAUACUUUUUGUGACAAACGAGCUGUUUACGGCAAUAACCGAGUCUUUGAACAACUCGUGUCAGACUAUCACUGGGUUCAAAUGUCAUGCGCAUCAGGUACUGCCUACAACCCCGUAGAAUGUGGAUGUACUAUUUUGGUUGAUGCUGUCGAUACCCCAGUCACAGACCAAUGUAAGCGAAUUGUCUAUUUGCCAUUUGACAAUGAUGUAAGCGAUCAAUCUGGAAAUGGUAAUUAUGUUGAGAAUAUUGGUGUCACCGUGAGUGCAGGUGUGGCGUACUUUGACGGUCAAAGUGGUUUGAGAAUCCCAAGAUUCUCCAAUGUUGAAUUCGGCUCCAAACUUGUCAUAAAAGUGACUUACAGAAAACAUGGCACCGUUUAUGGACAGGAAGCUAUUGUAUCCAAUGGUGAUUGUGGAAAACCAGGAUCCCUCCUCAUCGCCUUGGAUCAACACACAACACUCUUUGGUCUACAAACCGUCACUGGUAAAGCCGGAGUUGUUUCUAUUCCCGCUGUGGUUGGCUGGAAUAAUCUCGUCUAUAAAGUAGAAGGUAAACUUCUAUCAGGAUCAGUUAAUGGUAAUGAAGUCCACAGUGUUACUGAUGGUGCAGUAAAGAGAAGCCAAUGUGCUCUACAGAUUGGUCGUGGUACCAGCCUUAAUAACUUCCGAGGUUACAUCGAUGAGUUGUCCGUCUAUAUGUGCUAAACUACGCCAACAGAAGAAAUAACAAACUUAUGUGAUAUAUAUAUCUAUUUUGUAAUGUAAUAUUGUCUCCGAUGUUGUUAUAAAAUUAUUUUAAAUUGUAUAUUUACCAAUACCAAAU